GAUGCUUUUCAAAGAAUUGAAAUAUUCUGCGAUGACAGUGGUUUGCAGAUAAAAGCAGUAGAUUUAAGUGUGUAUAAAGGUCACAUCGAACCAACCGAACACCCUCAAAAUGCAACAACAGAGCGGCCCAGAACCACUGGAACACAUGCAAGAGAUGUGCGGUUGCAAAAACUCGUCGAUGAUAUGCGUGCAGCGGAUGUUGACAAACCGAUUGACUAUGAGCUGAAUUGGGGAAACCCAGUCAAUGGCAGCUUAGAUACUUCUUACUAUCCAUUGUUCACUCAUGUCAAUGAAACGAUAUUUGAACGUCCUGUCUAUAGAGCUCUCGUUGAUGUGUAUACAAACGAUGUAUUCAUUCCACAGGUAUGUGAAGCAGAAACACCAAUAAACAAGGAUCCAAGACGAGAACUAGUUCUAAAGAACGUAUUCUACAACUUCACCAGCACAAAAGUAUUUCAACUGGCAUUCGAAUAUUUAAAAGAAAUCAAAACUGUGGACAUAUUGGUUUGGUACAUACUCCCGCUGCAAAGGACCACUAGGCAGUUCAGAAUUGGAAAGCACUGGUUAAUGGAUGGUAGUUCCUCGCGUCUAGCGAUUGCAGGAUUUGAACACGUUUUCGUUGGUGAAUGGAAGGGCACGAAAGUUGAUGGACAACAUUCAUGGGUGAAAUAUUAUUUGCUUGAAAAGAGAGGAGCAAUCAAUUAUCACGGUUAUAUUCGUCAUGAUGAGAAUCUUGCUGGUACAAUACAGUAUACAUGGGAGACCUAUCGUAAACCAAUUGGUGGAUUCAAUAUCGGUACUUCACCAGCAUUCGAUUUUUCAUUACUAUCAGUUUGUGCGCUAACAAAGACUGGACGCGGCUGCCGAUUCACAAUUGACGGUUUCCCAAUGGGUGUUACAUCGUAUCUACAGAAAUGUGGUAACCAGAAUGAUACAUGCAUAGCAACUGCUUAUCCGGUGAACUAA